AUGUAACCAAGAACUAUUUCACCAACUAAAUAUUCGUAAGUCCUAGCUAGUCAGGACUUCUCAUAACCAGGCACCGUAAAGAAGGCACAUCCACUCAAUAAUCAAUCGCCUUACAUCCAUUCCCCUCUCUAAAAUAAGAUGAACUUUAGCAUUGUGUCUGAAGAUGCAGAGAAUUAUCGAAUUAAAUGUCAUGAACUCGAACGAGAGUUGGCCAAAUAUAAGGCUGAUAAUGAACUUUAACGUCUAGUUUAGCAAAAGAGUGGCGACCUAGAGUAUAAAGUAGUCGAAGUCUUAGAAUCUAACAAUGCUCUCCAAGGCCAAUUGGAAAGAGCUCAAAAGAUGGCUUUGUAAAGAAAAAGUGAAUCUGAGAUGUGGAAAUAAAAAUAUGAAGCCCAAAUGGGAUCUCUCAUGUAGAUAAGACAGAAUUAUGAAUCUGAGAUCAAGGCUCUUACUUUGGAAGUGUAAAAAGCCAAUGCCAGAAGCAGUGCGUUGGAUCAAGAAAAAAAUAGAAUAAUUUCGGAUUAGAGAAAUGUGGCUGAUAACUAAACAACGUAAAUCUAAGAAACAUUUAAACGAUCAAAUAAUAGUCAAGCUGAUAUGUAUGAGGCACAACUCAAGAAACUUAGAGAUAUGUUAGAAGAUAGAACAUUACAAGUGGCUCAAUUGUAAUCUCAAAUUGAGAGACAGAAAAUAGAGUCUUAAGAUACUUAAUUAAGAUUAAUGAAUGAAAUAGAUAUCACUAAAUCUAGAUUGACUGCUAUUCAAAUUGAUCAUCAAAAUGAAUUAUUGGCACAAAAGUAGAAAUUGGAUUUGUAUCAAGAAACCAAUUUGAGAAAUCAAUAAACUGCUCAUGAGAAUCAACAAGAUGUUUAAGGUUCAGAAAUUACCAAACUUAAGAAUUUGUUAGAAAUCAAGACUCAAGAAAUCGAAACUCUAAUCAACCAAAAUCAAAAGUAAAAAAUACAAUCAGAAUUAGAGAUUUCUGGAUUGAGAUCUGAAAUUGAAAUGCUAAGAAGACAAAUCUUGAGUAAUGAAUAAUUACAUCAAUAAGAAAAUCAUAAUAUCCAAACUAAUUUAGAUAACAUUCAUAAUAAUGAUACCACUAAUCUUAAAUUAACACAUGAAAAUCAAUUGUAGGCUUUACAUAAAGAAAUUCUAAAACUUAAGGAAAUUAUUGAUCAUAAAAAUUCAGAUAUCCAAAAAUUAGUUGUUGAAAAAUAAUAACAAAAGGACUAUUAUGAUGGGGAAAUCCAAAGAUUGAUCAAUACUAUUGAAGAUCAAAAACGAAGAGCCAUUUUAUUAGAGAAUGAGAAAAACAGAGAAAUUGCUGAUUAACAUGCCAGAAUUGAAAGAUUAACCAUUUAAUAUGAAAAUAUGUAAAUUGAUCUCCAAAAAUAGAUUUAAUUAUUGAAUCAAGAAAUAAUCAACUUAAAGAAUUUGUUAGAUCACAAAAACCAAGAAAUUUAACAGAAUCUUAAGAACUAUUCUUAAAUCAAAUUAGAGUUUGAAGAUAAAUUAAGAAAUUUAUAAAAUGAUUUAGAACUUGUUAAACUCAGAGCAUUUGAAACUGAAAAAUCAAAACUUCAAGAAAUCUAAGACCUAAAGACUCUUAUUAAAGAAAUAGAUACAUAAAACAGAGAGAAAUAGAAAUAAUUGGAAUAAUAAAUUGAUCAUUAAAAAUAUGAAAUCUAAAAGACAUUCGAUAUGUAUAACAAUAAAAUUAAAGAAUGUGAGAAUCUAACAAUCCAAAGAAAUAAUGCUGAACUUAUCCAAAAACGUAUUCAAGAUGAAAAUGACAAAUUGAUUGACAAAUUACACCAUUUUGAAUAAGAAAAGAAUCUAGAAAUAGAUGAAUUAAGACAUAAAAUGGAUUCAGGUGCUGCUUACUAAUUUGAAAACCUUAAGAGUGCCUACAAUACCUAAGUAGGAUUACUUUCAGAUCAAAUCUCUGAUCUCCAAAAUUAAUUGGCAAUCAAGAACAGAGAAUUGACUGAAAUGAUUGAGAAAUACACCAUACUAGACAAGAGUCUUUUGCCUGAAACCUUAGUAUCCAGAGCUGCAUAUAACAGUAGAAUAGGAGUUCCUGCUGAAUUACUAGCCAAUAAGUCCAUCCAUGAUGCUACACUAAAAUCCUAACUAAGAAAUAGUCCCAUUCAAAGAUAUUGA